AUGGGGGGACGAACUCAUAUGGAACUCGCGCUUUCUGCGGGUGGUCACAGUACUGGUGACCGUCAAGAUGAUAAGGAUUCUGGCUCGAAAAAGAAGGUUGUUGAGGGACAACAAUGCCCAGCCUCUCAUUUGUCAAAAGAAGACGGCUCAGGGGGACAGCCUCUACUCACUGGCCCUAAGUUAGAGGUUCAGCAAAACCUCUUGACCCGCCACAAAUCUAGGAAGGAGAAGCGCCUGGCUCUAGGCGACCAGUCCAACAAGGAGGCUUAUAUAAUCCAGUCUACGAGUAGCGUGGAGCAUCAGGGUAUUGUCCGGCCUCCUAGUGUUUCCCAUCCUGGUGUGUUGGCCAGUUUGGCCCAGCCUGGCAGCGCUGACCGAUCCCCUGGCAGCGUUGACAUGUCUCCUAGGGUGGCCCUUCCUGGCGAUGUCGACUGGUCCCCUGGUGCCUAUGGUGUGGUGCUACCUGGCGGCGGUCGGUCUCCUGGUCAUGAUUACGUCUCUUCGGAUCGUAAAUCAGCAGAGCCGCCAGGUUCGAAUUCUCGAACUGAUAGCGUCAGCCCUUCUUCCUCGGAAUCAUCAUCCAAUCCGAUCUAUCAUCUAUGGAAUUUUGAUUGGUGCAUGUCGCAUCGGUCAUGGCUAGCUCGACAAUAUAAACAACUCCUAGCCAACUAUUUUUUCAGAUGCUCGACUUGGAUGCUGGGUUUGAUACUGAAUUGGAUUUUAACGUCAACCAUCGCGCUUAUGAUUGGUUAUAGCAUGUUCUACAUAACAUGGGUUUUGUUGGCGAUAGUUUUAUCAAGGAUACCUGUUAUUGGGCCAUUGGCCCUUGGUGUGAUGCGCUUCUUCGAAGGGCUUCUUCUCAACCUGUUCCCGCAGGGCCCAACGGCCACCGGAACAGAUACAGCAUGGCAUUUAUCAUUCUGGAAAUUCAACCCGUGGUCAUAUUUUAGUUCGACUAGCAGCAACAAUAUCACCGGUCUCGGUACUCUUUCCCCGCCCAUCGGCUUUGACGGAAUCGACAAUGCCAUAAAUGCUACAAGACGACUCUCACAACUUGGCCUUCAUAUGCUACCAAUCUCCGCAAUCCUCCGCUACUCCUCUAUGAGUUUGAUUGGAGCUGGCGAUAUAAUCAGUUCAUCCAAUGUUUACGAGAGGGUAAAACUGAUGAAAGCUUAUGAGAAUCUCCAGAAUGACACCAGUAUUCUUGCAAGCACCCUGGCGAGCUAUGACUCAAAGGCCAAAAAUAUGAUCUAUGAGACAGAAUGGAGACUCGAUACCACGCUUUCACAUAUCGAAACCCUCAUCAGCGACUUAAACUUUACUCCCUGGUCAACAUACAUAUUCCCUCUUUCAACGGUUGGCUUAAUCGCUUGUAUCGGUGCCCCUUUCCUUGCCCAUCCUAUAUCUCCUCGACCUGCGUCUUGCGCUGCCUCCAUCAUCGCAUCCGCUCAUAGUUACUGCCUCGCAUCUUCUGGAUCUUCUUCCGGAAACUACCCUUGGUGCCCCUCGAUCCUUACUAUCUACUCUACCAACCCAUCCAACGCUGAAUCCGCAAUACUCACCGACAAAGCCGAAGGCAUCACAGUUGAGUUCUACAAGCUCUUCGAUACACUUGAUCUCUACAUCAAAGAGCUCCUAGAUAUCGCUGAGCUUGCACUCGAAAAAUCCAACAGCGUAUCAGAUCAAUACUCUCAAGCCAACCGCAUCCGCCUCGAGGGUCAUAGCAUAGUGGCAAUCGAAAUCAACGCCAUGCAGAUCAAAGCAGCUGAGACACCAAGCUGGGCCGGUUGGUUGAAAGGCCAAAAGUCAGCUGGCUUGCCUCUCAAAGAUAAAUUCCACCUCGCGUCACUGGAACGGCAAGAGUUCAAUCUAAAGCAGCUAAAGGCAGCUCAUCAUAGCGCACAUACUAGUCUCACGAUAGCUAUCGGGAUUCUAGAGGAUCUGAAGUCAAAGCAAGAGGAUAUGAUGCGAGGAGUUCAGGGUGUUCGCCUGUUAGGUAGAAGUGGAGAGAGGGAGUGGAGUGUUUUGAUUGGUGAAAUCAAGAGGAUGAGGCCGCUUGUAGUAGAGUUAGCUACGCUAGGAAACUAUGCAAACAGGGAGAGUACAAGACUGAGGCAGGAAUGGAGGAGAAAGUUUUCGGACUGCAUAGAGGAGGAAAAGGCGAAGGAGACGCGGGAGUGGAGUGGAUGGGAGGACUGUUUCUUUAAGGGUUUGCGAGGCGGAGAUUGA